CCUUCUGAAUGGCUGGUAGUUGGUUACCCUGAUUGUACCUCUACCUCCCCUCCCCCUCCACGUGACGACCCAGGACACAUGCGCACCCGACGCAGCCCGGCACAUCUGCAGACUGACGUCAGUGUGCUCUGCCUCCGAGGAAAAGCUGCCAAAAUUUUCUCCUGCUGCAAUUCAAGUUGGCUGGGGGCCGGUAGUGAGAUCUAGGGCUACUUCAACAAAACUUUGCUGCCCUUCCUGCUCCUCUUGUCUUCUUUUCUCUUGAUACCCUUUGAUGCUCUUCACAUGUUAUUUGCAUAGCAAAGGCACUAAGCUGUCCAGGAAGAGAGGGCACCACUUCCACCCCCAAUAAGCCUUUUUUUCCCCUUCCUUCUUUCUUUUUUUCCUUUCCUUUUUUUUUUUUUUUUUUUCCAGAGGGGGGGUCGAGAGAGAAAGGGGAUUUGCAAAGGCAGCAUCUCUGGAUGGUAGCCUGGAUGUGUUGAUGGCAUCUCUUUUAUUGCCAAAUCGCAAAGUCCGUUCUCUAAAGCCCGGUUUAGCCAGACUAUAGGGUUUUAUUCUGGCUGCAGAAUAAGUAACUGACUGCUGUGGCUUUGCAAAGGGGGGCAGAAAAAAAGAGAGAGAGAGAGAGAGAGAGAGAGAGAGAGAGAGAGGAGAGAGUACGUGAGUCGUCCAGUGCAAUCUCUAUUGUUUGAAACUUACUUUUUAUCAGAAUUUGAAGAUGAAAACGGUUAAAAAAUGGCCAUACUUUAGUAACUAAUCAGUCAAAUGCUUUGCUUGUGAAAAUUUUACCAUCAUUCUUUUGUUUCCUUUUGGAUUGAAAAAAUGAAUCCAGAUACAGAAGAAAGUAUGGGAUGUUGGAAAAAAGUACCUGUUGAACAGUGGAACAUCUAAUAAUUAAUUUGCAAGAAAUUUUACAGAAAUAAAAUUGUUAUGCUUCGAUUUUGGUAUGGUAUUGACUCUCUAGCACAUAGGUAGCCCUCCAAAAAAAUCAUCUAGUUUUCUAAAUUAUGGAAAUUUUGUGGAAGACGUUGACCUGGAUUUUGAGCCUUAUCAUGGCUUCAUCGGAAUUUCAUAGUGACCACAGGCUUUCAUACAGUUCUCAAGAGGAAUUCCUGACUUAUCUAGAACACUACCAGCUAACUAUUCCAAUAAGGGUUGAUCAAAAUGGAGCUUUUCUCAGCUUUACUGUGAAAAAUGAUAAACACUCCAGGAGAAGACGGAGUAUGGACCCUAUCGAUCCACAGCAGGCAGUAUCUAAGUUAUUUUUUAAACUUUCAGCCUAUGGCAAGCACUUUCACCUAAACUUGACUCUCAACACAGAUUUCGUGUCCAAACAUUUUACAGUAGAAUAUUGGGGGAAAGAUGGACCCCAGUGGAAACAUGAUUUUUUAGACAACUGUCAUUACACAGGAUAUUUGCAAGAUCAACGUAGUACAACUAAAGUGGCUUUAAGCAACUGUAUUGGGUUGCAUGGCGUUAUUGCUACAGAAGAUGAAGAAUAUUUUAUUGAACCAUUAAAGAAUACCACAGAGGAUUCCACACAUUUUAGUUAUGAAAAUGGUCAUCCUCAUGUUAUUUACAAAAAAUCUACCCUCCAGCAACGACAUCUGUAUGAUCACUCUCAUUGUGGGGUUUCAGACCUCAUAAGAAGUGGCAAACCUUGGUGGCUGAAUGACACAUCUACUUUUCCUUCUUCACUACCAAUUAAUGGCACGCAUAUCCGCCACAGACAGAAGAGAUCAGUAAGCAUUGAGCGGUUUGUGGAGACAUUGGUAGUGGCAGACAAAAUGAUGGUGGGCUACCAUGGCCGCAAAGACAUUGAACAUUACAUUUUGAGUGUGAUGAAUAUUGUUGCCAAACUUUACCGUGAUUCCAGCCUAGGAAACGUUGUGAAUAUUAUAGUGGCCCGCUUAAUUGUUCUUACAGAAGAUCAGCCAAACUUGGAGAUAAACCACCAUGCAGACAAGUCCCUCGAUAGCUUCUGUAAAUGGCAGAAAUCCAUUCUCUCUCACCAAAGUGAUGGAAACACCAUUCCAGAAAAUGGGAUUGCCCACCACGAUAAUGCUGUUCUUAUUACUAGAUAUGAUAUCUGCACUUAUAAAAAUAAGCCAUGUGGAACAUUGGGCUUGGCCUCUGUGGCUGGAAUGUGUGAGCCUGAAAGGAGCUGCAGCAUUAAUGAAGACAUUGGCCUGGGUUCAGCUUUUACCAUUGCACAUGAGAUUGGUCACAAUUUUGGUAUGAACCAUGAUGGAAUUGGAAAUUCUUGUGGGACGAAAGGUCAUGAAGCAGCAAAACUUAUGGCAGCUCACAUUACUGCAAAUACCAAUCCUUUUUCCUGGUCUGCCUGCAGUCGAGACUAUAUCACCAGCUUUCUAGAUUCAGGCCGUGGUACUUGCCUUGAUAAUGAGCCUCCCAAGCGUGACUUUCUUUAUCCAGCUGUGGCCCCAGGUCAGGUGUAUGAUGCUGAUGAGCAAUGCCGUUUCCAAUAUGGAGCAACAUCCCGCCAAUGUAAAUAUGGGGAAGUGUGUAGAGAGCUCUGGUGUCUCAGCAAAAGCAACCGUUGUGUCACCAACAGUAUUCCUGCAGCUGAAGGAACACUCUGUCAAACUGGGAAUAUUGAAAAGGGGUGGUGUUAUCAGGGAGAUUGUGUUCCUUUUGGCACUUGGCCCCAGAGCAUAGAUGGGGGCUGGGGUCCCUGGUCACUAUGGGGAGAGUGCAGCAGGACCUGCGGGGGAGGCGUCUCCUCAUCCCUAAGACACUGUGACAGUCCAGCACCUUCAGGAGGUGGAAAAUAUUGCCUUGGGGAAAGGAAACGGUAUCGCUCCUGUAACACAGAUCCAUGUCCUUUGGGGGCCCGAGAUUUUCGAGAGAAACAGUGUGCAGACUUUGACAAUAUGCCUUUCCGUGGAAAGUAUUAUAACUGGAAACCCUAUACUGGAGGUGGGGUAAAACCUUGUGCAUUAAAUUGCUUGGCUGAAGGUUACAACUUCUACACUGAACGUGCCCCUGCAGUGAUUGAUGGGACUCAGUGCAAUGCGGACUCACUGGAUAUCUGUAUCAAUGGGGAAUGCAAGCAUGUAGGUUGUGAUAAUAUUUUGGGAUCUGAUGCUAGGGAAGAUAGAUGUCGAGUCUGUGGAGGGGAUGGAAGCACAUGUGAUGCCAUCGAAGGGUUCUUCAAUGAUUCGUUGCCCAGAGGAGGCUACAUGGAAGUAGUCCAGAUACCAAGAGGCUCUGUUCAUAUUGAAGUCAGAGAAGUUGCCAUGUCGAAGAACUAUAUUGCUUUGAAAUCUGAAGGAGAUGAUUACUAUAUUAAUGGUGCCUGGACUAUUGACUGGCCUCGGAAGUUUGAUGUUGCUGGGACUGCUUUUCACUACAAGAGACCAACUGAUGAACCAGAAUCUUUGGAAGCUCUAGGUCCCACCUCAGAAAAUCUCAUUGUCAUGGUUCUCCUUCAGGAACAGAAUUUGGGAAUUAGGUAUAAAUUCAAUGUUCCCAUCACUCGGACCGGCAGUGGAGACAAUGAAGUUGGCUUUUCAUGGAAUCAUCAGCCUUGGUCAGAAUGCUCAACUACUUGUGCCGGAGGUGUCCAAAGACAGGAGGUGGUCUGUAAAAGAUUGGAUGACAACUCUAUUGUCCAGAACAAUUACUGUGACCCAGACAGUAAGCCACCUGAAAAUCAAAGAGCCUGCAACACUGAGCCCUGCCCACCUGAGUGGUUCAUUGGGGAUUGGUUGGAGUGUAGCAAGACUUGUGAUGGUGGAAUGCGCACCAGGGCAGUGCUCUGCAUCAGGAAGAUUGGACCUUCUGAGGAGGAGACACUGGACUACAGUGGUUGUUUAACACACCGGCCUAUUGAAAAAGAGUCCUGCAACAACCAGUCUUGUCCACCUCAGUGGGUGGCUUUGGACUGGUCAGAAUGUACUCCCAAAUGUGGUCCAGGAUUCAAGCAUCGGAUUGUUCUGUGCAAGAGCAGUGACCUCUCUAAAACAUUCCCAGCUGCGCAGUGUCCAGAAGAGAGCAAACCCCCUGUCCGUAUCCGCUGCAGUUUGGGCCGCUGCCCUCCUCCUCGCUGGGUGACUGGAGACUGGGGCCAGUGUUCUGCUCAGUGUGGCCUUGGCCAGCAGAUGAGGACUGUGCAGUGUCUCUCCUACACUGGACAGGCAUCUGUUGACUGUCCAGAAACUGUUCGACCUCCAUCAAUGCAGCAGUGUGAAAGCAAAUGUGACAGUACCCCCAUUUCCAAUACUGAAGAGUGCAAAGAUGUGAACAAAGUGGCUUAUUGCCCACUGGUGCUGAAGUUCAAGUUCUGUAGUCGAGCAUACUUCAGACAGAUGUGUUGUAAGACCUGCCAAGGACACUGACCCACCGAAAGCCAGAGAGAGCGUCUUGUCAUUUCAUCGUGGAAAUGCGUCCAUCAAAGAGAGUCACCCAGAGGAAGAGGAUUGAUGUCCUUGCAAAUGCAUUACCCUGUGGAAAACGUAACCACUGGUCAGCCCUAGCUGACAGGAUUUCAAUAUUAUUUUAACUUCUGUGAAGUGGGAUUUAUUGAUCCAAAGUGCUGGACACGGUAUUAAGGAGGGAAUGCCAGAUCAGAGAGAUCCAAACAACACAGGGAGACUUGCUUACUAUGGAACGUCUGUGUUCUUUCGAGUAAAUCCAAUAGCCUGUUUACCUCCUUGGACCAUUAAGAUAAUUUUUAUUAUGGACUUAGCAAUGACACUGAAUCCAUUUGUAUUUAAAACUGUUUAAAAUGUAGCUGUUAUGACUUGGUCAACUAUGGAAGUAAAAGAAGAUUCAGAAAUCUUAAGUCAUAGCUUAAAAAUAUUUACUAUACUUUAUCUCACUACAACAGCACCACAACUGAAAUUCUAAAAUGGGCUUUUAACUGUAAUUUAAGGAGCAAUUAUAAAUCAAAAGUAAUGAAAUUUCGUAUGAUUUUUCUUCAUUCCACUUAAUUUCCUUAGGAAUAACCCCCCUGUUCUGAACACUGCUGUGAGCCAUAUAUAAACUAUAUUAAACCGAACAACAGUGAAGGAAUUAGCUGAAGGCAGUGCAUCAGUUACUGCAGCUGUGCGAGUCUAUAAAUCCUGUGCUAAAAGACUGUGGCCAACUUGCCAUUGUGCAAGUGAAGCUGAGAUUUCCAUUAAAACUUUAAGAGAAAAACAUUUCGAUUUCAUGCAGAAGCCAGACCAGGGGUAUGGUAGAGACCGAAGAAACAGGCCCUUUGCUGCCAUCACACAGGAUGCCUCAGUUCUUCUUUGGUUCACCCCAACUCAGUUGUGUUGACAUCCUCACCGGCCACAGAACAGCUUCUGCCCCGUUGGACUGUUGCACGCGUGUUGAGCUUACUGAAAUGAUGCCGUGCAAAAGAUAGACUGGCUCAGUAACAACCAGGCAGACCCUUUUGCUGACAAUUGUGAUGGGUUCCAGAUGUCCCUUCUUUGAUAUGGCAGAAGGGCAUUUAUUUAUAUGAAAGCAAGUGUGUGUGUGUGCGGGCGCUUUUGAGUGUGUGGGUUAGAUGAGUGUGCUUGCACAUAAAUGUGCUAUUUUUGUGAGUUUUAAAGUAGGCAAGGGAUAACAACCAAAGAAGAAAAACUCAUGAAGCCUAAAGAUCAUAAAGCAUAAUUUUAAUAGUCACUCAACCAACUAUUUUGUAUUUUUUAUGGAUACUCUGAAUGGCAAUCAAAUGUGAAACCAAGUUUCUUGGGCAAGUCAAAUUCUAGAAUCAAAUCCAGAAUCCUAAAUUAAAUCAGCUAGCUCGUAUUUUUCCUAUCCACAAGUAAUUUCGUGUCAUGGCCAUCAAAAGCUUCAACAGUGGGAUCAAAAGAAAAGGGAAAAAAAGAGGGUACUUAUUUGUAUUUUGUACUUGAACACUUGUAGCUUGCAGCAGGUUCUUGAUGAAUGUGCUUUGUAUCCUACAGGUGUGUACACCGUGCUACACCAACACCUCAAACUCCAACCAAAUGGCUACUUUGUAAAGAUACUACUUGCAGUAAAGAGUAUGUUUGACUUAAACCCGUCACUGUGUGUGCUCAAACUACAUGUCAGGUGUAUAAGCUACGCCGUGACCUAAGGUAGAGGUUAGUUUUUUUUUGCUUUUUUUUUUUUCCCAGAAAGGAAAAGAGACUCACAGACUUCAAAAACCAACCUAAACUUCAGGUUUGCUAUGGACAGUCAGCACGGGAUGUUCCGCACACUCAGUCGUGGUCAUCCCUAUUUUCUCGCCUGCUUUCUCUCUCAACACCACAGCUCAUGUCCCUGAGCUUGCCAGAGAAAGCUACUGACGAUACACAACAAUUGCCAGGGCCCCUCUGUAUACUGCCCUGAAAAGACGAGCCAAAGCACCAUCUAUUCAGUGAAGGGGAGGCAGCCCAUGAGCAGCGUGGCCCCAGCACUGAAUUCCCUCCGUCCCUUGCAAAGAGCAGUUAACUUGGUGCUAAUAUGCCCUGGUGAAGUAAAUAAAAGAUGAGUACUUUUUGUGGCAUUUUAGGCAUAGGUUUCCUGUCAGGAUCUGUUUUUCCCCAACAUAAAUAUCAGCUCAUGUUUGUAUUCCAAAAAGAUUUCUUACAUUACUGACUUAAGUCUAUUCUACACCUCACCUGGAAACUAACGUUGUGAGGACCGUUGCCCUGGGCUCCCUUGACUAACGGUAGAAGAGGGGAGAGCUAGUGUUCCCCCAGAAGUGUGCACCAGCCUCAAGGCCAGGAGCAGAGGGCUUCCAGGCGCAGCAUCAGAUUACUCCGCUAGAAGGAACCAAGCACAGCAUGUAACAGGACUAAACCUGAGUGGGGAAACAAAUCAUAUUCUACAGCACAUCACAAUACCGCUGCUAACUGUGCAGUCAACCACAUGGCUACGUGAUAUGCUCUCUUCCUAAAUAUAGCAAUAGGAUUGUCAGUGGAGGCUGAGCCACCAUGGCAGGCCCUCCAAAGUACUGUGCUAUGUGGACUACUUAGGGAGGCCCAAGGAAACUGGUACCCCAUGACUGAGAGCAGUAUCUGCCACUGGCAAAAAGUCCUGCCGAAAAAGGAAAGGUAAAUAUACCCAACUGAUUAAAGCCCUUAAGAUACAUAUGACUCCCCAAACAGUCCAUUUCAUUAGGAAUUUUUUGGAGUGAAUGUCACAUAGGUAUCCUUAAUAAUACAGAAUGAAAUUACCUUUGUAUUAUUGUGAUUAGUUGUUGCUUAUUAUUUUAUACUCAGUAUUAAUGUGGUACACUGUUACUUUUUUUUUUGCUUUUGUAAAUUAUAUUCUAAUUUAUUGCCAUGUUUCCUAACACUUGUCCUACAUUCAUUCUCCUGCUUGUAAUGAAAAUGAGAAAAUCAUUGUAACACUUGAUGGAGUGAAAUUCCACACCAGGCACAGAUUUUUUUUUUUGACAUAGAUAAUUUAGUAAAAAUAAAAAUUCAGCUUGUAAGAAUGAUUCAGAUGAAAGUUGUCUAUUCCCUGAAAAGCUGGUGUUAAACUUGCAGUAGGAGGAAUCUAUCCUUUGGAAUACCACACUACACUACCCAAAUUAUCCAGGUAGUAUCCAGGAUUGAGAGAAUUUGUUGUAUCCUUAUUACCCUCCUCAGAGAUUUCAUUUAUUUUUAUUUCAGGACUAUUAAAUAUAAGGGCUUUGGGUAUUUCUGGUGGAUCUCUAUCCCCAGAGGCCACUAGUCAGCUAUUCUAACCCUAGAAAGGAAGACCUGAUUGACCCAUGACUCUUUUGCCUUCCUCUUUCUUUUGCUUUCCAUGUAAAUUCUUUAGCAUAGAAGAGGUUGCAAGACAUUUCAUUAUGGAAAAGGUGCUGGACAAAAGUAUUGACACUUGUAGAAGGAUCUUUCUACUUAAAUUCAAUAGGGAGCAUAGGAACAUGAGGGGCAUAUUUUUCCAUCUCCAGACAUUUCCUCUCAGGCUAAACUAAUGGUUCAGCCACUGCUGAGCUGGGGUAUACUGUCACAUGCAAAGGUAACUCAGCAAUUUUUAAAACUCGGCAACUAAAAUGAAGGUAACCCUCCUGCAUGCUUAGCUAUUUGAGUAUGUUCAUAAUGACAAUUUCAUCAAUUACAUAAGAAGAUGUGGAACGCCCAGGCAGGUUGUGCUUCAGUCUGCUUACCUCCGUAUCCACACAUUCAACUUGAUACACUAGAAGAAAUCAGGUGCGAUGAUUAAAUAGUCUUGGAGAGUAUUUCUUCAGGGUCAUUCUAGGAGUCAAAAGGGGCUGGAGUAUUAUGAAGGCUCAGUGAAUGAGAAGACUGUGGGACCAGCUGUAUCAUCUUCCCACUGGAUUUGCAAAGGGUAGUUCUGCUAGAGGUUGGGAAGGGGGAAAUAAUGAGAAAUAAGGUUUGCCUUAGCUUAGAUUCCUCAGAUGUGAGUCUGUUUGUUUACAGUUGUUUUUAAGCUUCCAGUUAACUGUUUUCUCCCUUUGAAAUAUCUAAAAGGUUCUUUCCUACUUAGGGCCCUGAUCCAAGGACAAUCCACCCUUGUGGAGAUCUCUGCCACUCUCCAAAGAGCACUUAGGAUCAUCCUUGAGCGUUUAUGCUCCAAAAGGCCAGAGCAUGUUCCUGUCUGACAGCCCCCCACACCAUUUCCAGACAUGCCAGAUGGCCUCACUGACCUAUUUCAACACAACUGGAGCAGAAUGAUUCCUGUGUUGGCUUCGGGUAAGUUUCAAGAAAGGUGGGUUUCUCUGUUUCAGUCAGAGCUAGACCAUCAGGUUGCUGCCAGCAAACAAAUUCCUUGACCUUCUGCGGUGGGUCUACAGAGUGGAACCAGGUGUUCUUUCAGCCCAUGCCAGAAUGUACUGGCCGCCCAACUGGCCACCUGCCUCCACCCCACCGACUGGGCUUUGGCUGGCCUUCUACCAAACAGCUGUGCUGGGAGCCACAGGUGGCCGCCCACGCUUGUGCCCAGGCCAGCAGCUGCACUGGCCUGAAUCAGCCUGGUGAGAUGGACCUCAUGUGCCUCUGCCCCUCUGCCCCACCUCCUGAGGAGAAGGAAAACUAAAGCUUCAGUACACUAAGAAAUGUUUGUGUGGUCGAAAGACAAUCACAACACUUACUGUUCUCUCCCCCAUCAACAAUUUGGGUAUUUUGUUUUUAAUGAUUCAAAUGAAUCUGAUGUAAAUGAUUAGACAUUAAGUUCCUGUUUUAGAGGGGGUAUAGUUUUGUAAAUAUAAAA